AUGCAUAACUUCAAGACCAACAACUCGUCCCAGACGAUAGAACUUGCUUCAGACGUCGGUCUGGUGAGCGAUGACGUCAAACUCAUCUUCCAAGUGGUGAAUUUCGCCAUCGUCUGUGAGAUCAUCGACGUCUUCGGCACCGUCACCAACAUCAUCAACAUCAUCGUGUUUGUCAAGCUAGGAUUCAGUGACCCCGUCAAUGUCAGUCUGCUCGGUCUGGCCAUCUCCGAUCUUGGAUGUCUGGUGACUCUCAUCUGGCACAACAUUUGCUUCAAUCCCCUCUUCAAUGAGCUGGACCUUCCAUUCGAUCCUAUAGACGUACAGACUUUGUACCUGACGGCUGGUUGGCCUCACGUGACCUUCACUCGUAUCACCGCCUGGAUCACAGCGUUCAUUACGUUCGAGCGGUGUCUGUGUAUUGCCUUACCUCUGAAGGUGAAGAACAUUAUCACGCCAAAACGAGUGGUCAUCGUCAUCGUUUGCCUUUUCAUUGUUCUCAUCACAAGUGUUUCCCCAAUUUACCAAGUGAACAGGAUCGGGCCCAAGUUUUCCCCAAAACGAAACAAAACAGUGAUAGGACUUCUUUUUACUGAAGAUCGCGAAGAAGUGGAAGCAAUUUCCUUCGCUGUGAAUAACGUAUUCGUUUCUUUUAGCGCCUUUUUUGUCGUCAUCGUCUGCACUGUGACCUUGGUCGUCAAGCUCCGCAGCAAAACAAAAUGGAGGAAGGAAACAGCCUCUGCGGGGAAAUCCGAUAAUCUCUCUACUCGUGAUCAAAAAGUGACAAAAAUGGUGACAAUGAUUUCUACUUUAUUCAUCGUCUGCUUCAUCCCUGUUUCUGUUGUGUUUAUUGGGAUGAUCGUAGAACCUGAAUUCUCUGUAGACGGGCAAUAUCGUAACUUGUUCUUUAUCCUUUGUUCCUUUGGCUAUAUCCUGGAGUCUACAAAUUCUGCUUUGAACAUUUUGAUAUACUAUGAAAUGAGCUCCAAAUACCGGACUGUAUUCAAUCAGACCUUUAGAAGAAAAUGUGGAAGCCCCGUCAAAGAUACUGAGGCGUCUUCUGAUCCAUGA